AUGUCCUGCCAGCAAAGCAAACAGAAGUGCCAGCUCCCUGCCAAGUGUAUCCCCAAAUGUUCACCCAAGUGUCCCCCUAAGGCCCCUCAGGUUCCUGCUUUGUGCCCAGCUCCAUGCCCCGCUCCAGCCUCCUCCUGCUGUGUUCCCAGCGGUGGAGGCAGCAGUUGUGUAGCCUCUCACUGGCUUCCACGAGUCCACCUACACCAGCCCCAGUGUCCCAACUGCUGUGAGAGUGAAUCCUCUGGAAGUUCCAGUUGUUGCCAUGGCUCCAGGGGCUGCUGCUGA